AUGCCUACGACCAGCCUCGUGGACUCGAAAUACUUCACCGUCACCUGUGUCCUUAUCCUCAUACUCGGCCUGUUUCCCGGUCUGCCACAGUUUCUCCUCGGACUGCCGCUUUGCGCCCUGAAACUAGCCUUUUCAACCCGUCAAUUUUCAUCGCCGUCCAACAUCGUCACCUGUCCAACCGGCUGUGCGCCUCUGGAUUCUGUCGACAUGUCGUCUUCCUGGUUCCAGAAAACCUUCACUCUGCCCUCCAAGUCCAGAGGCUCAUACUUGAUCACCGACCAUGUUGAGUCGUCUCUGCCGGAGAUCAAGGACUACAAAGUCGGGAUUCUGAACCUGUUCGUUCAACACACCUCGUGUGCGUUGUCCUUGAAUGAAAACUGGGAUUCCGACGUGAGGGAAGACAUGAGUGAUGCUCUGGACAGAAUCGCUCCCGAAGACCGGAAAGGCAACCUUUACAGACACUCUGCUGAAGGGUUGGAUGACAUGCCAGCACAUAUAAAAUCAGCGUUGAUCGGAGCAAGUGUGACCAUCCCCAUCACUAAUGGUACAUUGAACAUCGGCACGUGGCAGGGGAUUUGGUAUCUAGAAUUCCGGGCAUCGAAACACACGAGAAAAGUGGUUGCGACGAUUCAAGGAGAGAAGCGAUGA